AAGAAGAAGAAGAAGAAGAAGAAGCACCAGUUUUUUCAGCCAAUGAUCUUCGGGGAAGCUGUUGUCUCCAAUGAUGCUGCCGUGCGUCUCCGCAGCAUCCUGUCGGUGGGCGGCCGACGACACUGAGGGACGUGCUGUAGCUUAGGAACGAUGUGCCUCUGACAGACAGACAGACAGACAGACCCAGUCACAGAGUCCAUGACGGUCGCCGGCAGCGACACCUCGGCGCCCGUCAUGCCUGUCCGAGCGGAGUGCUGCAGCACCACCGAGGCGGCCUGCUCAUCCCCGGGCUCGCUUGUUCCGCCCGCCCCGAUCAGCGCACACCAGCCGGGGGCGGCCACCUCGCUGCUGUACAGCGGCUCGCAGUUCCGGGGCUGCCAGAAGAGCAAAGGCAACUCCUACGACGUCGAGGUGGCUCUGCAGCAUGUGACUGUGGAGGACUCAUAUUUGUGUGGAUACCUGAAGAUAAAGGGACUAACUGAGGAGUACCCCACUCUCACAACAUUCUUCGCUGGGGAAAUCAUCAGUCAAAAGAGGCCUUUCUUAACCAGGAAGUGGGACGCAGAUGAGGACGUGGACAGAAAGCACUGGGGCCAGUUUCAGCCCUUUUACAAAUACGCCAAAAGCUUCAACUCUGACGACUUUGACUAUGAAGCCCUGGACAACAGUGAUUAUGUCUUCAUGAGGUGGAAGGAGCAGUUUCUAGUUCCUGACCACACUAUCAAAGACAUCAGCGGCGCCUCCUUUGCCGGCUUCUACUACAUCUGCUUCCAGAAGUCCACGGCCACCAUCGAGGGGUACUAUUACCACAGGAGCUCUGAAUGGUACCAGUCUCUAAUCCUGAACCACGUUCGAGAACACAGUAUGGCCAUUUAUGAAUUUCGGUGACAUGAAAACCGCAGGAAUACUGAGUGAAUUAAAGGACAGUUUGUGCAGCCCCGUGCUCAAAUGGAACGGGAACCGACAGAGAGCCGUCUGAUGCAGAGAAUGGGGGGCCGUGACCUCUUUUUUCCUCACUGAGAGGAAACAAACGUAGGCAGACUCUCUGGUGGUGGAGUGAUGGAACGGUGGGUGCUGUGACACAGAAGACCCGAAGGCUGAAGACGAAUGGACGAGUUCUCACAGUUGCUGUAGAGCUGAUGUUUGCCUCCAUUCUUAAUUUUUUUUAAUUUGUCCUUUUGUUGCCUGCUUUUAUUUUCAAGUGUGUGCAGCAGAUUUUUUUUUUUACACCCUCACAGGAUUUGUCUCCCUGUUGGUGGACACUAACACAGUUCCAGGUUUCCUUCAGCGAAGACACUAUAAACAAAAUUGCUUUUUUAGUUCAAGAGUCGCUAAAAAGAAAAGUAUAAAGUAUAAAGAUGGGUGAUGUUCAGUAAAGAGUAUGUUUGCGAUAUCACAUUGACUCACCUUGAGUCUGACGGAGGGGGUCUUGCCAAAUUGUUUUCAAUAGAAGUAAUAAUGAGCAGUGAUCUUUCUUUCUGUGUGAUAUGAAGUAAUGGUCCGAUGAUCAGGGACGGUAUGAAAUAGAACUAGAAAUAGUCAUUAAUCACCAAUCAUUUCCAUUUCCAAGCUGCUGGGCUUGGACAAAAUCAUUAUCUCAACACAGUCUGUAAAUGGCUACACAACGAAUUCUCUCUAUGCAAGCCAAAGCUCGGUAAUAGAAAAUUAUUGUUUUAUAAUUUCUGUUCAUCUUUCAGAGUGAUAUAUUUAUUUUUUUAACCAAGAGGGGGGAAAGGCACAAUACGGCUGAUUGAUAGAAAUAAAUCAGGAGGCUUAGUUAAUUGCAAUGACCAGCAUUUAAAGCUCAGAUGUGACAGUUCUGUCUGACUCAUAAUUCUUUUUGAAACACAGGGUUUUUCAGGAUUUUAGGUCACAUGAACGGUGGACCAGAAGAAUAUAGAUUUCAUGAGGUUUGAGUGACUGGAGUCUUGAGUCUGUGGAUAAGUUUUGACAGAAGAAGAUAACAGAGAUUCAAGUAGUAUAAAGCUACAACUGCUCUGUACUUAGUAGAUAAUAUUAUGGAAGAAGAAGCCCGGGAGUGUAACGUUGGAAGAUGUGAUGGAGAAAGAAUGAAACCUCCAUAUGGGGAAAUAAACCUAUUGCCUUACAAUUAAAAAAAUUUUGUCCAAGUUACUUGACUUUUGUCAGAAAAUUAUAAAGUUAACAAUGUUUUAUUUGAAAGAAAUCAUGAACGUAUAUAUCGAUGUUUGAGAGGGUUGAUGUCAAAGUGAUCUGCCGGAGCGUGCAUGUCCUCUGGCUGCCUGUGUGUUGCUUGUAGCCUUUCAGCGAGCUCGUUGGCCUGCAGCAUGACGCGUUGACUGGAUGGGUUGACGUGGGAAUAGAGCUGCAACUAACGAUUAUUAUCAUUAUCGGGAGGGAAUUCACCGAAUGUUUGGCCACUGAAGUUGUUUGGCCGAAAAUAGCUGGAAAAAGCACUUUCUGUGUUUGGCCUUUGGGCAAGUGUUUUCAUUAUUUUCAGUUUCAGGCAACAAUUUUCAUUUGUGUUUUUUUUUCAUCCCUAAUUAUCGAUUAAUCUGUCGGAUUAUUUUCUCGAUUAAUCGACUCGUCAUAAAAUGGUGAAAAAUAGCCACUGUGUUUCCCAGAAAGUAUUAACAUUUAAGAAGCUGAAAUCUGAGAAUUUUUAGUUGCCGGAAAUUUGGUAGUCGAUCACUAAUUGAUGAAUUGAUUAAUUGUUGCAACGCUGUAAUUUCUUUUUAAUUAAGUGUAUUUGAACACGUCACAGUCUGAAUGACUGCUUGCUUCUUUUAUUAAUCACAAAGAAAUGUGCAAUGUAAGAAACAUGUUUGUUUGGGAGUGUGUUAGUGAAAGUCUUUUGAGUACAGCUGAUUUAUUUUUUAAAGUCAUGAUUUAUGAUAAAUGAUGACAUGAAUGCAUUGUGUGAGGAGAAAUAAAGAGAAAUAUUUGUAUUUUAAA